AUGUCGGCCGCUACCAUGCUUGUGGCCAUCAUUAGAGGCGGCUUCGCGGGGGCGAUCCUGGCGAAUGCCCUGACCGGGCUUCCACAUCUCGAUACUCACGUCUUCGAGUCGGCCCCUGAGUUCUCUGAGCGCGGUACCGCUGUAGGGCUGUCCGGGAAUGCCCGGGUCGCCUUGCAGCAUAUAAUCCCAUCUGCAAAGGAGUUGCUCGCAAGAGCCGGGGCGGUCCCCAUCAAUUCCACUCGCAUUGUGCUGGGAUCCGGGCCAGAUGCAGGCACCCUCAUUGCAGACCUCGACGCUCACGCUACCCCCGAGGACAAAGAGUUGAUCGUUCAUCGCGCAUCCCUCUUACGCGAGCUACUGGCUCCAUUGCCUAAGGAAUGCCUGCAUUCGAACAAAAAGCUCACUGACAUCAAGGGCACUGGAAACGGGAUCCAACUCACGUUCCAAGAUGGCACAACGGAUCAGUUUGAUAUCGUGAUCGGUGCUGAUGGUAUCUUCAGUUCAGUCCGCAAAUAUGUCUUACAGGAGGCCGCGGAGGAGUGCGCCGCUUCACCGGCAGGUUGGUGGGACAGCAGGGUCGUAGUGCCCUUAGAGAAAGCACGAACGGCGCUCGGUGAGCAAUUCUUCGACGUCCAUAGACAAUAUCUCUGGACUGGAGAUAAAGCCUUCCUGCUCCACGACGUGCUGGAGAACGGGACCUUGGUCCAAUGCAUCAUCUCGGCCGUCGAGGAGGGUCCUCCUGCAGACCGGAAGCGCACUCUCACUCGGGAGCUACUCACGGCAACUUUGGGUGACUGGCUCGAGGGACCCAUCGCGAAGGGUAUGAUUGAGCUCACACUCGAGGACUCCGGUACCCAAGGCUACUCCCAGUGGGAGCACAAGUCGACCCCAACCUACGCCAACGGCCGCGUCUGCAUCAUGGGGAGACGCAGCCCAUGGACGACGCCCUGGCAGAGCGCGGGAGCCGGUCAAGCUUUCGAGGACGCCGCGGUCCUCGGGGCGCUGCUGUCGGCAGUUUCCUCAGCCGAGGAUGUCAACGCGGCGUUCGCGGCGUACGACUCCGUCCGGCGACCCCGGUGUCAGAGAGUCAUCGACUCGAGCAGGGAAACUGGACAGAUCUUCACUGGGCGGCAUGAGGAGGUGGGCAUAACGCCGGAUGAUCUGAGAGCUGCGCUUGGGGGUCGAUGGGCGUUCUUGACGAUUGACCUGGAUGUGCAUAAGCGGGAGGCGCUGGACAAGAUGAGGGAGAUUCUGGGGAAGGGGAAAUAA